CCGGCAUUGGUGCACAUGGUCGACUCCGUAAAGUGAGGAAAGAAAAAAGGUUUCGCUUGAACAGAGAUGGAUCAAAUACCUGCCGCCAUGGAUAGACACUUGGACGUGGUUCAGUGUCACAGGGAUGGCGGUCUGUUACUGGGAGCAUCCAGUCUGACUGGGCGGUACUGGCUGGGGUCUCUGUGGUUCUACCAGAACCCAGCGCUAGCCCCUGAUGUGGAAAGGUGCACCGCUGGGGUCCAGCUGGAGGCGGGGCUUAGAGACGCCAAGUGGGCAGCUGCAGAUAAAGUUCUCGUAGGACUAGACACAGGUGGUGUAGCAAUAUGGCAGCUAACAGACGACUUCCGCACGUUUGUAUUGUCGUGUUCGGCAAUCGAACAUGAUGACAUUGUGAGCUGUGUCACAGUGACUGCUGAUGGCACGAAGGCUAUAUCCAGCGGAUAUGAUGGAAUGAUCAAGCUCUGGGAUUUGAGUAAACUGUCCUCCCUCAAUUCGUGUAGAGUUCACUAUGACAUUAUCUGGUCAGUAGAAUGUCACCCCACAGAAACAGACUUGUUUUUGUCUUGUUCACAGGAUGGUCAAGUACUAUUGUGGGACUGCAGAAAUCCCAGACCAGCCAGUAUUGUAGAAAUCCCCCAGCUCGAGGGGUCUCCGACGUGUGUGUCGUGGCAGCCCGGCACCCAGCACGUCGCGGCUGUCAGCAGCGACCUCGGACAGGUGAUCGUCAACGACAUCCGGAUGAACAAAGAAACGGCCACCGUCUUCUCACCCCAUUCGAGAUUUGUAUAUAAAACAGAGUUCUGUCCAGGGAAACCUAAUUUACUAGCAUCAGUUGGUGAAGACUGCAGGACGGUGGUGACUGAUCUCCAGAAUGACUCGGUCUGUCAAGUCUACAGUGAAGUGUGUCACUCUGAUUUUGUUCACGGUUUGACGUGGUUUGGUAGCGACAGUCUGUACACAUGUGGCUGGGACUCUCAGAUCAAACUACACAGCCUGAACGGCGUCCCGGCCUCGGACCGAGUCAAACAGGAGCCGGUCGUGAUGGCGGUCAAUGGGGAUUUAACCAAGGAGCAGUGUGACAUGGUGACUGACUCGAAACCCAACUACAGCCAGGUGGUUCAGGGCUGUCAGGAAGUGACGUCGCAGAGAUAAUUGUCGACCUGUGGCGAGCAGUGUGAUUGAUUUGUUGGUAACAACAGGUGUCCAAUUUGGUUCCUGUAGGAAUCUCCUCACUUUGAUGUUCCCAGAUAGCUUGGCACGGUGGAAGCAGACUUCGGCUUCUACUUCCCUUGUCUGCAAAGUGGAGUUGCAGUACAGUCCAGGAACAAAUUGAUGAGGCUUUAUAAUGCACAUGAGUGGUUCAUAAUGAACUACUCGUAAAGUACUGUGGAAAAUGGAAGUGUUCCACCAUCAUACAGUAACCAUCAUGACAGUGUGUUUAUUGAAGGAGGUUGCCACAUAUUUAAAACUAGGAUUCAUUUUCAAUACGUACAGUGAAACCUUCAAAACCGAACACAUAGUAAACUGGAUUUUUUUUAACCCAUCUAAAAUUUACCUUUCUUAAUUGGAAAUCCCUUUAAAUUGAACACGGGAUGAGUGAUCAAGUCCCAAUGUGUUUAAUUAAUGUAAAUUGUACCCCAGGGGCCUAAUUCACAAAACUGGCUAAGGUGACGUAACAUUCUCUUUGCAAGUCUCUUUGCAUGCCACUGAGAAAUCACAAAGUUGAGAUGUUGAAUUAAGACCCUGAUACUCCGACCAGUAUCAAUCAUAGAAGCUCUAAUUGUAGAAAUCACUGUGGUUGAUUACGUCAUUAUGUGUAUGCUCAAGUUCAAUGUUGGUUAGUUCGUACCCUACUGACAAAUAAUUAAGCAAUUAAAAGUUUUAUUAGCAGCUUUGAUGUUUAAAUGACUAUAGUGAGCAUGUGCACUGUGUGUAUUCAGUACUUGUAUUAUCCGAGUUAAGAAUCAUUGCAGUCCCUUCACACACAGGAUUUACCGUUAUGACCGACAAGCAACCAUGAAUUUAAUUCAAUGUGCUUCUAUUGUUUGAAUUGACUUUUCUUUCUGCAAGUGUAUUUUACAAAACAAAGAUUAAGCAACAGUACAAUUAUUUGACUACUGGGUAGACAAUACCUUACUUUCCAUUUUAUUUUGAAAUAUAAUGAGUGAAUGUUAAUGACACUGCAGCACAAAAAAUUGAAAUAUAAUAAUUGCACCAUUUUAUCCAGCUUCGAGUGACAGCUUAGUCACCGUUUUAGUACAAUACAGAACAAAAUCGUUUAGCAAAAAAUAAAAACGUUCUGUAAACCGGAUAAGUCAAAAUUUUCUCUUGAUCCUAUGGGUGUCCGGUUUCGAGGUUUUCACUGUAUAAUUGAGUCUUUGUAAGUUUCUGUGAGAGAAUUCUGUUUUGAACAGUGUCCACAAAUGUAAUAAUGUUAAAUUUGAUAAAAAAAAUGUAUACAGAAGCUGCAUAAUCCAUAAAAAAUUAUUGUACAUUUCCUCCUGUGAUUUAAUAAAAUGAAGUCCAUUGGAAUGAACAGUUUUGCAACCUUGGGCAUUAUUGAACAGAAGAUGAUGUCUCAAAAAGCUGAUCAUGUCUCGUAUGCCGGGCAUUAGUACAGGCCAGUUGAAAUAAUCACAUAUCAGUAUAUUAUCCUGUUGGAAAACAAUGGUUCUGAUAUUUAAAUAUAUUAUUUAAGCAGCGUUCUCAUGAUGCAAUUAGUCGCACCGACUUGUCGCAUGCGAUUUGUUGUAGCGACUCAAAUCGUGUGUGUGGGAAGACGUCCAAGCUCGUCGGUUUAAAAAUAUUUUGCGGGAAAUGUAAGUGCCUACAAAUUUCCACUGAAAUAAAGCAAACAUGAAUGUAGACAAUUUACUGAUGGCAUUAUGUAACAAAACAAUUAUUGACCACAUCUUGACAGCAAUAGGUUUUAUGGACUUAUGAAAUCUGGACAUUUUGACAUGUUUAUAAGCAAGUGAAAAACAUGAAGUGACAAAACUAAACAGUUGUACUUUAAUGUGAUUUGAUUGGCUGAGAACUUGCGAUUUGUUGUGAGAAAUAGAACAUAUUCAAAUCGCUACGAUUCAGACACGGUUUUUCGUAUAAGACUAAAGUCGUUCUGAUUUGGGUGUUUUCACGGUACGAUUCCAUCACAUGCGACAAGUCGGUAUGACUAAUCGCAUCAUGAGAACGCCCCUUUAUGAACACAAGAAUGCUUCUUCCAGAAGUAAUGCCCACCAGGAAAUGUUAAUUGUAACUCAUGUUACUAGUAUUCUUAAAUUAUUCUAUUCACACAGUCAUUUUGUAAAUUUAACAGAAAAUUUACCCAAAUCAACAUCAUCAAUGGCUAUUAUAUUUAAAUAUCUAUUGAAAAUAUUGACAACAGUUUGACUAAAUUUAGGAAAAAGCAAACUAAUUAUUUGAGUGGCUGUCAGAGUAAAUGUUGGACACAAAUCACCAAAAUGUGUGUGGACCAACACACUAACAAUGACAAUCGAUUAGUAGAUGAAAGCUCCUUUUUAUUAUUAUACGAAACGACCACAUGUGCUGCCUUGUUUCAUGGUCUGCCUGCACAGACUAUCCAUUUGUUCACUGUACAUUUCAUAGAUCAUAUACUGAAAUAAAGACCAUCAUUACCUCAGAUUAAAUUAACAAACUAGUGAAGCAAGGUUGUCUCUGUGUACAGGACUAUGUACGUUGGACAGCAUUCCUCUAAAGCUGAAUGUUUUGUAGUGUUAAUAUACAUUUCUAAUGAAAAGUUGCACUUUACAGUGAACCAUUGUCUUAAAUAUAUAGUUCAUAUUCAUGUUAACACUUUAAUUUAUGUUUUGUCUAUAGGCCUUAUCAAAAUUACUAAUUUAUUCACAACUAAAUUUCCAUCCGAUUUUUAAUUUUGAUAAAGUUCGGCACUUGAAAUGAUAUCUAAAGUGUUAACAUGAUAUUGAUUUUAUAAUCCCAGUGGAUAUUGUUUUCAGCAUGCUGUGUAGUUUUCAAGCCACAAGCGGACUUGCCAGUCCUGUUUAUUAUUCAUAUGGUUGAAACUAAAGUGCUAUAAAUAUUGUGAUGAACAAUGCAGUAAACACUUCCCGCACAGCUGUCGCAUGAAUCAUACAUACACGUACCCUUGAAAUAAUGUAAUCACUUUUUGUAUGUUAUGCGGGAUAAAGGCAAUGUUUAUUAUUAGCACAUCAAUGUUUUGAAACGUGUAACCAUUGUUCAUGGAGCAUUUUGGGUUCCAUUCAUUCAUAAGUACACCAUCGCACAUGACCAUUUAAACUGCUACAAACUUAGAGGGCCAAUCCUAUUAAUGCGGUAGAGUUCAAAUAAUGCAUGUUUUAAUGGAAAUUAAAAUUUGAACGGCAUGCUCUCACUCCAGCCCUUGUAGCUCUAAGCAAAUUGUUAGGUCAGUUAUGAUAAAAUAACAAGAUUUGAAGGAUAAUGGUGUACAUUUUUGUGGCAUUAAAUAUUGAAAUUUAAAUGAUAAUUUUUGUAAAAAUAAAUAAAUGGACAUUCUACAACAAA